AUGGCGCAGCAAACUUUUCUGGAUAAAGAGAAGCUGAUCUGUUCGAUCUGUUUGGAUCUGCAGAAGGAUCCGGUCACUAUUCCUUGUGGACACAGUUACUGUCUGGAAUGUAUUCAGAACUUCUGGGGAGAGGAACAAAAAGCUCUCAGCUGUCCUCAGUGCAGACAAAGCUUCACUUCAAGGCCUGUCCUGGUAAGAAACACUAUUUUAGCAGAGUUGGUGGAGGACGCAAGAAAAGCAGAGCUUCAACCGUCUUCAUCUGAGCGUUCUCUAACUGGACCAGAACAUGUCGACUGUGAUUUCUGUGAAGGAAAGAAGCUGAAAGCUGCCAUGUCUUGUCUGACCUGUUUGGCUUCUUACUGUGAGCAGCACCUCCAGCCCCAUUUUAGGGUUGCUGUGUUAAAGAAGCACAAACUGGUCAAAGCCACUCUAAAGCUUCAGGAGAACAUCUGUCCUCGUCAUGAUAAAGUGAUUGAGAUCUUCUGCCGCACUGAUCAGAAGUGUAUUUGUAUUCUCUGCUCCAUGGAUGAACACAAAGGUCAUGACAUGGUGUCUGCUGCAGCAGAAAGGGCUGAAAGACAGACAAAGCUGGGACUGGAUCGACAAAAAGUCCAAGAGAGAAUCCUCAAGUUAGAAGAAGAUUUAGAAGAGCUUCAGCAGACGGUGGAGACCAUCAAUCUGUCUGCUGAGAAAAGCAUCAAAGAAAGUCAGAACGUCUUCAAAGGUUUGAUCCGUCUCUUGGAGCAAAAAUGCUCAGAAGUGGAGCAGAAGGUCAAAUCCUAUCAGAUGGAGGAAGUGAGGAAAGUGGAAGAACUCCAGGAGAAGAUGCAGCAGGAGAUCACCAAACUGAGGAAAACAGAGGCUGAGCUGGACCAGCUCUCAUCUACAGAAGAUCAUCUCCAUUUUCUCAACAACUACUCCUCCCUGUCAGAUCUGAGUGUCUGUACAGACUUAGCCAGCUUUCAACAAGCUCAGCACUGCUUUGAUGAUGCUCUCAAAGCUGUGUCUGAGGCCACAGAGAAGCUGGAGGAGACUCUCAGAGAACAGAUUCCAGACAUACUGGAUGUUUUUCUGCCUGAACACUUCAGAUCCAGAGAGGACCUCAUGAAGCACUAUCAUCAGAUCACACUGGAUCCAAACACAGCAAACAUACGUCUAUCUCUGAGGAAACAGAACAGAACAGCAACAUGGACAUUUGUAGGGCAGAAAUAUUCAAAUCAUCCAGACAGAAACANCAGAGAGGACCUCAUGAAGUACUAUCAUCAGAUCACACUGGAUCCUAACACAGCAAACACACUUCUAUCUCUGAGUGAACAGAACAGAACAGCAACAUGGACAAAAGUAGAGCAGAAAUAUUCAAAUCAUCCAGACAGGUUUGUUAAAUGGUAUCAGGUUCUGAGUGCAGAAGGUCUGACUGGACGUUGUUACUGGGAGGUGGAGUGGAGUGGGAGGGUUUUUGUGUCAGUUACAUACAAAGAUAUCAGUCGUACAGGAACCGUUGAUGAAUGUGUGUUUGGACUUAAUGAUAAAUCCUGGGCAUUAGAAUGUUCAUCCACUGGAUAUGAAUUUUACCACAACGAUAUCAGAGUUUCUAUUUCAGCUCCUCAAUCCUCCAGAGUUGGAGUUUAUUUAAAUCACAGAGCAGGAACUUUGUCUUUCUACAGCGUUUCUGACUCCAUGACUCUCAUACACAAAGUCCAGACCACAUUCACUCAGCCUCUGUAUGCUGGAUUCUGUGUUUGCUUUGGAGGAAUGAUCAGGUUGUUGGAUUAAAGUAAAAAUCAGUCACUGAUCUGUGAGGCUCAAUGAUGAAAUAUAUCUGCAUUGAAGAAAACCAAAAAUCUCAAAUCUAAUGUGGAACUAAUAAUAAUGAGUAAAUAAUAAUGUAACAUCUAAUCUUUUUUUUUAAUAGUUUUUGUUUAUUAAACAAAACAACAGUCAAAACACAGGGUUUAUUGUGUGAUUAAAAUGUGAAAAAAUAUAAAAAUGCAGUUUUGUAAUAAACUUACAUUUAAACAGAACAAAAAGAAAAAAACAUAAUAAAAAAAUUCUACUAAUUGUCAAAAAAAGAAUAAAAAUGAUUUCUUAACAACACAACUGAACACGAGUACAUGAGCUUCAAGAAGACGUCCUAAAAGCUUCAUGAAAUCUUCAAGUAAACAUAGUUUUCUGAUUAUCUUUGUUUCUGAAACAAUUUUGAAGUUGUUCGUUUUUCUGCUAAGUAGUAAUGUAUUAAAGUUAGUUUUCUUUUGCUGUAAAUAGUAUAAUAUAAAAUGUUUAGAAUUAUGAAAAUUGUAAUCUCUGUCUUGUGUUUUUCAGUUAAUAACAGUGAGUCAAAAAUCAAAAGUGAGUAAUUGUUUGAUCAGGGAUGAGAUGCAGAUGAAUAUUUACUGAUUUCAUGAUCAAAUUAUGUUUAAUCUUUUGUUUCAGGAAGUGGCUAAGUCUGUGAUUUAAAUUAAAAGUUAAACCUUUAUCUCUUUAAGGUGUUAAAGUCUGCAUGGAUGUCUGUUUAUAUACCAAAUUUUAAGAAGACUUUUUUGGUGAUUCAAUAUUCCUAUAAUAAAAUAAAUAUCAAGGGAACAACAGAUUGUUGGUUAUGAUAUGUGAAAUUAAAAACUACAU